AUGAGCUCCUCAGAUGAUGAUGUGCCUCUGGUUGGCAAGCGGAGAUCUAACGGACAGUCCGGAGCAAUACAUGCGCUCUCAGAUGAGCUGAUUUCGAAGUCCACUGAUCCAUCUGUUAGCGCCUCCCCGAAGGCAAAUGGAUACGCAAAACCCGGUUUGUCCAUUCGCCAUGGACUGGUCGACUCCGAGGACGUUGAAAUGCAGGAUGCCAACGUGAAAGGGGCCAGUCUAAGCAAGCGGAAAUCAAGAGGAAGCGAUAUGAUGCGGAAGUCGUAUGCGGAACCUGAGAGCAGUGAGGAGGAUAAGCCAUUGAGCAAGCGGCGUCGCGUUUCAGCAGAGCAAAGAAUAAAUGAUUUCGAUUCCGACGAUGCCCCCAUCAUAUCCAAACUGGCAAAAGGAAAAUCUGAAGCAAAGGUAGUCACUAUGGCAGAGUCUGCCACGGAUGGUUCCCUUGGUAAAAUCCUCAUGGCCGAGAAGACUAGGAUCGAAGAACGGGCCGGAAAGGAAGCGAAAGCGAUUCGCAAGCAUGAAAGUGCCGAAGCAACAAUAAAGAAAAAGAUUGCAGCCACAGCCGCUGCGACGGACAAGGGCACGAAGGGCAAGAAAACACUUGUAAAUGGCAUUAAAAAGUCGGAAUCCAGCGAUGAAGAUAUUCCGCUGGCCCGGAAAGUGCCCGCCAAGAAGUCCGUGAAAGCGUUUAAAUCGGAGCCUGCAGAUACAAAGAAGGGGAAAGCCAAGGUUGCAAUGAAAAAGGAGUCUAGCGAAGAACUGGAGGGGGAGGAAGCAGAGGAGGAAUAUCGCUGGUGGGAGGACCCAGCACAAGGCGACGGCACUAUCAAGUGGACCACUUUAGAACAUAAUGGUGUCAUAUUCCCACCUCCAUACGAACCACUGCCUAAACAUGUCAAGAUGAAGUACGACGGCAUUCCGAUUACGCUAGCUCCCGAAGCUGAGGAAGUCGCUGGGUUCUUCGGGUCCAUGCUUAACUCCACUCACAAUGUUGAAAAUCCUACAUUCCAGAAGAACUUCUUCACUGACUUCACCGCCUACAUUAAAAAGUCUGGUGGUGCAAAAGACCCGAACGGAAAUCCAGUGGCUAUAAAGUCAUUUGAUAGUUGUGAUUUCAAACCAAUCUUCGAGUACUACGAGGCCGCGCGUUUGGAGAAAAAGAACCUCCCAGCUGCGGAGAAGAAACGCCUCAAGGCCGAAAAGGACGAACUUGAAGCUCCGUACAUGUAUUGCAUGUGGGACGGUAGGAAGCAAAAGGUUGGCAAUUUCCGCGUCGAACCGCCUGCUCUAUUUCGCGGCCGUGGAGAACAUCCAAAGACUGGCAAAGUGAAGACUAGAGUCAUGCCAGAGCAAAUCACCAUCAAUAUCGGCAAAGACGCCAAAGUCCCACCGCCUCCCCCAGGUCACAAGUGGAAAGAAGUUAAACACGACCAAGAGGGGACUUGGCUAGCUAUGUGGCAGGAAAAUAUUAACGGCAACUACAAAUAUGUCAUGCUUGCUGCGAAUUCAGAUAUCAAAGGUCAGAGCGAUUACAAGAAGUUCGAAAAGGCUCGGGAACUCAAGAAACACAUUGAUCGGAUUCGUAAAGAUUACAAGAAAAGCCUAAAACAUGAACUCAUGUCAGAGCGACAGAAAGCCACUGCCGUCUACCUUAUUGAUCAGUUCGCCCUUCGUGCUGGGAACGAAAAAGGAGAAGAUGAAGCUGACACAGUGGGGUGUUGCUCGCUGAAAUACGAGCAUGUCACCCUUAAACCUCCAAGUACGGUUAUUUUCGACUUCUUAGGUAAAGAUAGCAUCCGGUUCUAUGACGAGGUAGAAGUAGACCCACAAGUCUUUAAAAACCUCAAGAUCUUUAAGAAAGCCCCGAAGAGGGAAGGUGAUGAAAUAUUUGACCGCCUGACCACUUCUGCCCUAAACAAACACCUUUCCAACUAUAUGCCAGGCCUCACCGCCAAAGUUUUUCGUACAUACAACGCUUCUUACACGAUGGCUACGCUUCUCAAAGAUUUGAAGUCAACUGGCAGCAUCGCAGAAAAGAUCAAGGAUUACAACGAUGCUAACAGAAAGGUCGCUAUUCUUUGCAACCACAAGCGCACUGUUACCGCGAGCCAUGCAAGUCAAAUGGAAAAGCUCGGCGAUAGGAUAAAAGGAUUAAAGUAUCAAGAAUGGCGCGUUAAGCAGAUGAUGCUAGACCUUGACCCGAAGAUAAAGAAGAAAAAGGGGCCUGCCUUCUUUGAGCUCGACGAAAGCUUAGACCAGGAAUGGAUCAAAGAACAUCAGGAUUACCUCGUCGAGGAGCAACGCCAAAAGAUCAAGAAGAAAUUCGAGAAGGAUAACGAGAAGCGCGCCGCUGAGGGCGAAAAGGAAAUGAAACCAAAGGAACUCGAGGAACGGCUUGAAGUCGCCAAAGCAUUAGAAGCUAAGUUCAAGCGGGAGAACAAGACUAAGAAGGUGGAAGCUGAAGGGAAGGGAGUCACUAUCGAAAAGUUGGAGAAUCAACUCCUGAAGCUCUCGCAACGCAUUGAAAACAUGUCUCUCCAAGCGGAGGAUAGAGAGAAUAACAAAGAAGUUGCUCUGGGUACUUCCAAAAUUAACUACAUCGACCCACGUCUCACCGUGGUGUUUUCGAAAAAGUUCAAUGUCCCCAUAGAAAAAUUCUUCUCAAAGACCUUGCGCGAAAAAUUCGAUUGGGCAAUUAAGUCAGUGGAAGAGGAUUGGGAAUUUUAG